AUGUAUGAUUGGAGGAAUCUCAGGAUCCAGGACUUUAAGUCCGUGGAUGAAUAUAAUUCAGACAUGUUUAAGAUAGUCUCUAUCUUCAAACUGUGUGGAGAAGAGAUAAGUGAGAAGGAUAUGCUUGAGAAAACCUUCUCCACCUUCCACACAAGUAACGUAUUGUUACAACAACAAUAUCGUGAAAGAGGCUUUGAAACAUAUGCAAGUCUGAUCUCAUGUUUAUUGCUCGCCGAGCAUAAAAAUGAAUUAUUAAUGAGAGAUAGCGAGAUGAGACCUCCGGGAUCAGCUCCACUCCCUGAAGCCAAUGUUGUUGCAUCGGAUAAGAAAGAAACCAAAGAGAUUAACCACGUCCAAAGAGACAAUAAUACAUCCGGCCGUGGACGUGCUAAAUGGCAAGGACGUGGCCGUAGUCACUCCUCCGGUCAUGGGCAAGGUCUAGGCCGCAUGUAUCACGGUGGUAAAGGCCGUGGCCGUGGUACAUCUUUUAAGCCGCAAAACCCGACAGGAAAAUCAAUUUGCCAUAGAUGUGGGAUGGGGAACCAUUGGGCUAAGAAUUUUCGGACUCCCAAACAUUUUAUUGACCUUUAUCAAGAGAGUUUCAAAAGGAAGAAACCAGAAGCUCAUUAG